AUGGGGAAAUCGAAACUAGCACCAAGGCCAGCGCACACUAUCCCACGUCUUGAGCUGUGUGCAGCCGUCCUUGGUGUGGAAAUGGCAGAACUCAUAUCUCAAGAAAUAGACAUUAACCUGCACGCUGUCAAGUUCUACACAGACUGUAAGAUCGUGCUGGGUUACAUCUACAACACCUCAAGAAGGUUUUAUGUCUGUGUAUCAAACAGAGUCUCGAGAAUCAGAAAGUCGUCUGUGCCAUCACAGUGGCAUCAUGUCUCAUCAGAAACCAACCCGGCAGACAUUGCUACACGUCCAAUAACAGCACUUCUAUUGCCCCAAACCUACUGGUUCACUGGACCACCUUUCCUGACAAGAGAACUGUCAGAUUUGCCUCGUACACCGGAUGCAAACAACUUCAAACUUGUCGAUCCAGAACAAGAUGCAGAGAUUCGCCAAGACGUCACCGUCUGCGCUACUCAAGUUAGCAACAAACCUCUCAGCUCGCACCGCUUCGAAAGAUUCUCGUCGUGGGAACAUCUCAUAAGGGGUAUGAAAAAACUCAUCACAGUAGCCAGAAUCAAAACAAAAGCUACAGACCCAAACACCACAAAUCUGCAAACUCAGGCUAAACUGACAGUCAUUGCAAGUGUUCAACAAUGUGCAUUCAGAGAGGAUAUAAAGAAGUUGCAUAAAGGGGAGCAAAUCUCGAAACCAAGCCCAUUGUGGACUCUAAAUCCAUUCACAGACUCAAGUGGGCUGUUAAGAGUAGGAGGUCGCACAUCCCUAGCUGAUCUUCCAUAUGACGAAAAGUACCCACUGAUACUUCCAAAAAAGCAUCAUGUGUCAACUCUGCUUGUGAGACAUUAUCACCAAGCUGUCGCUCACCAAGGUCGCCACCUCACAGAGGGAGCUCUACGAUCUGCAGGUGUUUGGAUAAUUGGUGCCAGAAAACUAGUCUCGAGUGUAAUCCAUCAGUGUGUCACAUGUCGCAAGCUUAAAGGUAGACCUGCUGAUCAGAAAAUGGCUGACCUACCUGAGGACCGUCUUGUUAUGGAGCCUCCAUUCACUAGGGUGGGCUUAGACGUCUUUGGGCCAUGGACUGUUGUCACCCGCAGGACAAGGGGUGGUAGUGCAGAAAGCAAGCGCUGGGCAGUUUUAUUCAGUUGCCUAGGCACACGCGCUGUUCACAUUGAGGUAAUCGAGUCUAUGUCCACCUCAAGCUUCAUUAAUGCCCUGCGAAGGUUUUUUGCUGUCAGAGGCCCUUCCAAAGUUCUCAGAUCAGACCGUGGAACUAACUUUAUUGGGGCUUGUAAAGAGUUGAAAAUCAGAUCUGACGACUCAGAAAUCCAAGACUACUUGAGUAAAGAAGGCUGCACGUGGACCUUUAACACCCCCCACUCAUCACAUAUGGGUGGUUCGUGGGAAAGGAUGAUAGGCAUUGCUCGCCGCAUUCUUGACGCCAUGUUACUGCAGUCAAGUCCUACUCGCCUCACACAUGAAGUCCUCGCAUCGUUAAUGGCGGAAGUUAUGGCUAUCAUUAAUGCCCGCCCAUUAGUUCCCAUCACCACAGAUUCAGACACUCCAACCGUUUUGACCCCUUCCAUGCUCCUAACUCAAAAGGCAGGAGCUGCUCCUGCUCCAGAAGGGUCAUAUGACAUUAAGGAUAUGUACAGGAAGCAAUGGCAACAUGUUCAAAGUCUCGCAGAUGCUUUUUGGAAACGCUGGAGACAAGAAUAUUUGUCAACUCUACAAGUCAGAAAUAAAUGGACUCAUGACAAGGACAAAAUCCAAGAAGGAGAUGUUGUCUUAGUAAAGGAUGAUCUGGUGAAGCGCAACGAAUGGCCCAUUGGACUCAUUACUAAGUGCAUCCCAAGUGAAGACAAAAGGAUCAGAAAGGUGAAGGUAAAAGUGGUAAAACAAGGGUCUCCACGUGUCUAUCUUCGACCUGUAACUCAACUCAUUCUGUUGCUCUCUCCAAACAGUGGAAGAAAGACUGAUUAGUUUAAAUGGUAUAAAGUGUUUAUACCAGGCGGGGAGUGUGAUGACUAGUGUAAUAUAAAGAUAAGUUUCCUUUGUGUGGGCUCGCAGUGCCCACUUGUGGCGAGUUUUAUGUUCACUCCAGGAAGCUCAGUACAGGAAGUUCAGUGUAACUGUCAUGGUCGAAGAGCAGUCGUUCCCGCAUCGUCUUGGCCCACAUAAGGCUGUAAGUUUAAGUUUAAAUUGAAUACAAUCUUACAUAGGAACCUAUAAGUAAGUUAAAAGUCAGAAAUUUCAGUUUUAAGAAGUUAUUUUGAGUAAAUGCAAGUUUUAUGGCGACAGUUUGGAAGUGUUAGCAUUUUUUAGCAUUUAAGCUAGCGGACUUUUCUGAUGCUAGUCAGGCUAAUUCCAAUAGUUAAAUUGGUCAACAAAUUCAGAGUUGGGGAAGCCCUGAUGAUGGUUUGUUGUGGGGUGUGGCGUGUGGAUGUCUUUUUGUUCAAGUCAUGUAUUUGUAAUUCACACUCUGACUGCUGUGUUUUUGUGUGUUGCAGUUUUACAGUUUAAAAUAAAGAG